AUGCCGAUUUGUAUCGAUCGUGCAAUAAGUCAAAAUAGCAAUGAUGAUGAACUGUCCGAUUGGUUAAUAGAACCAUUCGUAAAGCAGGAACUCGACGAGGGUUUCGAAUUCGUGGAUACCACUCUAUAUAAUCCACUAUUUAUGAAGCACGAGAAUGGACAGUGCACCGCGGAGAAAAGCAACGAUGAGGAACCGGAAGUCUGCGAGGUGCCCUUUCACGGUCAACUUAACUACCUGCUCUGCGAUUCGCCAAUCCUGAACAGCGUGGAAACAAACGUGAUUCAGAAAAAUUCCAAGUCCUGCCAACAAUUUCGUUGCGACGGCUGCGGUAGAGCAUACACGCGAGUUGACAGUCUGAAACGUCAUCAGCAGAAGUGCGAUGAGUUUCUAGCAUCGUUCCAAGAUCGGCAGGAGACACUAGAGAGGCUUCAGCAGCAGGAAUAUUAUUGUAAUCAGUGCGGCAAAUCCUACAGAAGGCUAGAUACUUUACGUCGGCAUCAGCGACAAGUGUGUGGCGACAAAGAGAGCAACAAUUCUUCAAAAAUAGAUAAGACGAGCUUAUAA